AGCUGUCAUGUCUGCAAUAGUGUCAAAACAAAAAUGAAAACUUUUUCAUAAGAUAAAGACAGAGGAAAAACAUUGACUUAGUAAAUUUAGAAUGAAUUGGUGCAAUAAUAAUGCUAAAAACAUUGUUCGAUAAGGUUGUUUCGAAUGUUUAGUUUAGUUAUUGGCAACAGUGAAUUUUUGAACGAAAAUAAUGACUGCCUACGAGGCGUUGAGUAGUGCACCACUCAGUCUUUGUAAUUGGUUCAAGCACUUAAAAAUCUACAAAAUUAUCGGGAUCAUUCUGCUGUUAUUGAUCCUAGUUCCUUUAAUUACUCAUUAUUAUUUAUUGUCGGUGGAAUCAGAUGGAGCGAUUCGUGAUAAUUAUCGCUCAAGGUCCCAACUUGAUGCAUACGAAGACUUUAGCAGCUUACGGGCUUCCGAUUUAAAGUUACGAAUCGAUGAAAUGCUACGAAUUAAGAGCACAGUUUCGGUUGAACUGAGAGAAUUGGAAUCGAGGCGUCAAAAGCUGCAAUCUGACAUCGGAAUUUACAAUCAAAAAAUUGACGAACUCAAACAAGAUUUGAUGAGGCAGCAGACUGAGUUGGAACGCUUAAAAAUAUCAGUCGAACAGGCUCAGGUUGCACAACGCGAAGCGGUACAACGAAAUACACCGGAAUUGGCGUUGCCAAUCGCCCUAUUCCCAUCGAAAAUACCACCGAUAUAUAAACGGCCAGUUGCAAUAACGUCACAGGGCUGUCGAAUGCAUUCUUGCUUCGAUCAUUCACGUUGCAGUCUGUCAUCCGGAUUCCCUGUCUAUCUGUACGAUCCCGAUGAGCACUCUGUCGUCGGAAAUGGAUACGAAAUUGACGGAUUUCUGAAGACCACAAUAAAACAGACGCUUGGCUACAAUGCUCAUCUUACACAAGAUCCGAAAAACGCUUGCGUUUAUUUGGUUCUUGUUGGUGAAGCGUUGCUCGAAAAUGAAAUCAAAAACAACCGCUACACCAUACCAAAUGACAUCGAUUCGGGUUACCAGUCCUCCAUCAAUUUGACGAGUUUAAGGAAACUGCCGUAUUGGGGCGGCGAUGGUCGUAAUCACGUUUUAAUCAAUUUAGCGAGAAGGGAUUUGUCCAGUGGUUCGGGCAACGCUUUUCGUGAACAAGACACAGCCAGAGCAAUUAUUAUCCAAUCAAGUUACAGUGAACUACAAUUUCGUCCUGGCUUUGAUGUUGUUGUGCCGCCAAUUUUAGGUCCUCCUGGAGGCGAUGUUUGGCAGGAAUGUGCGUCUAUUGUCCCAGCACGUCGAAAACUUUUACUCAGUUUUCAGGGUGAAAUGAGACCUGUGCGUCCGACCAAUGCUACGAAUAAAAUACUGGACGACGAAGAGCAAUUGGAUGAGUUCAUCGUAGAUCAUCUGAAAGAAAUGACGAAAGGAACGACACAAGACAAUUUCCUAUUACAAUUCGAAUGCGUACCAGCCACAGAACAUAAGACCAUCGUACCAAUUCGAGAUUGGUCCCUAUGUGGGACCGAUUCGUCGCGAAAACAAGUCCUUAGGGAAUCAACUUUCGCUUUGUUACUCGCUCCAGGUGGUAAAGAGGCCAGUUCCACACUCCUGCAAGCUCGAUUGUACGAAGCAUUGAGAUCGGGUGCAAUUCCAGUGAUUUUAGGCGGAGAUCAAGUACUUCUUCCGUAUGCUGAGACUAUCGAUUGGCGUCGGAUAGCCAUUCUAUUACCAAAGGGAAGAAUAACCGAACUGCAUUUCCUACUACGAGCUGUUCCAGACUCUGAUUUACUGUCAAUGCGUCGUCAGGGCAGAAUGAUCUGGGAGCGAUAUCUCAGUUCAGUACAAGCAACGGUAGACACUAUUAUAGCCAGUCUUCGGGACCGAUUAGCCAUACCUCCACGUCCAAUUCAAUCAGUUGUUGCGCAGAACGUUUUCAACAGCACGUUUUCUCCAUUGAAAUCGGAUCCUCCGAUUCAAGAUGUCGAGCCGGAAGAGUCGUUAGGACCCAUUGAACCACCAUAUCCGAGUCCUGCAUUUCGUCGAAACUACACAGCACUGUUAAUCCAGUCUCGCGAAGCAUGGAACGAUUUUGGCGAUCCAUUUUCACUGUAUCCGUUCGAUCCAUUUAGUCCAGUGUUACCAUCGGAUGCGAAAUUUUUAGGUUCGCACAUGGGCUUCCGUCCGAUCGGUAAAGGUUCCGGUGGAGCUGGUAAAGAGUUUAGUGAAGCGCUUGGCGGAAAUUAUCCCCGGGAGCAAUUUACAAUAGUCAUGUUGACCUAUGAACGGGAGCAAGUUCUCAUGGAUUCGUUGGGUCGAUUGUACGGUCUGCCAUAUUUGCACAAAGUCGUUGUGGUGUGGAACUCGCCGAAACCACCGCUGGAAGAUUUAAGAUGGCCUGAUAUUGGCGUUGAAGUGUCAGUGGUUCGAGCGUCACGCAACUCCCUGAACAAUCGUUUCAUUCCGUUCGAUGUUAUCGAGACUGAAGCCAUUCUGUCGGUUGACGAUGAUGCUCAUCUACGGCACGACGAGAUUCUUUUCGGAUUUCGCGUGUGGCGUGAGCAUCGUGAUCGUGUGGUCGGCUUUCCGGGCCGCUUUCAUGCUUGGGAUUUGAAUGAUAACAAUGCUUGGAACUACAAUUCGAAUUAUAGUUGUGAAUUGAGCAUGGUACUAACUGGUGCCGCCUUUUUCCAUAAAUACUAUACGUACUUGUACACGUACAGUUUACCGCAAGCUAUUCGCGACAAGGUCGACGAGUACAUGAAUUGCGAAGACAUUGCCAUGAACUUUUUAGUGUCGCAUAUUACGCGAAAGCCACCGGUUAAAGUGACAUCACGAUGGACAUUCCGUUGUCCUGGAUGUCCUGUGUCGUUAAGCGAAGACGACACGCAUUUCCAGGAACGGCAUAAGUGCAUCAAUUUCUUUGCUCAAGUGUUCGGCUACAUGCCACUGUUAAAUACGCAGUAUCGUGCGGAUUCGAUACUGUUCAAGACGAGAAUACCACACGACAAGCAGAAGUGUUUCAAGUACAUAUAAAUCUGUUGAAAUGGUUGGAUUAUUCCACGGAAAACUGACGACGCGAUUUAAAAUCACUGUCGGAUGAUGUGGAAUGAGAAUUUGUUUCUGUCAUUUGACUACAUCAAUUGUGGUUGUCUGUUGUGCAUUUUUGCGGUUUUAUAUUAAUUUAAUGGAACAUCGAUCACCGUUGAAUCACAAGUUUAGAUUGUAAGUUUAUAGUCGCUCCCCCCAUUAUAGUUACGAUAGAAAUUACGAUUUAUGAAACGAUGUACAACCAUUUGCCAUAUAUUACAUGAAUUAA